CGUUUGUUUGUGUACACUGGCCAAGUGAUAUAACCUAUCGACCACUUGGCUACAAAAUAAAAACCGAAAUUAAUGAAUAAACUAUUAAAUAUAGCGCAGGCAGUGCCGCGCCAAUUUGUUCGUGAAUAUGCCUUUAAGUCGGACCUGAAAAUCAAAUGGGUGCGCCCAGAGAAGAUCUCCUGCAUUAAGCCAGAAAAGAGUGGCGAUCUCUCCAAGCUGACACCCCUGAAUGCCGACGAAGUGCUUCUGGACUAUAAAGAUUGUAAGGAGCUUGAAAAUGCCGACGAUACGGUUAAAUCGCUUUUUAAGCUAUCCAACAAUGCCAACCAUCUGACUACACGUUAUUAUCGCGAUCAGAUGGUAAAGGAAGUGCAGAGGCAUGCCCUGGACUAUGGAUCCAUGGAGUCAAAGUUGGCCAACAUGACCGCCAUUAUUCGUCGGUAUCAAGAGCAUAUGGAUAAGCAUCCCCGCGACAAGAUGAUUAAGGUGCGUCUCAAGGAGCUGAUUGAUAAGCGCAAGAAGUUCCUUAAAUAUCUGAGACGCUGGGACUAUCCCCGCUUCGAAUGGAUAUUGGAGAAGCUUGAUUUGGUAUACAAGCCACCGCCAGCACAUUUCCACUGGAUCACACGCAAAGAGUCGCUCCAGAAGUUAACCGACACCUAUUGCGAAACAUUGAAGGAGGAACGUCUAGAGGCCUAUCACAAGGAGCUGCAGGCCCAAAAAAUACCCUUUUUAGAAGAUGCCAUCCGAAAAAUGGAAUUUAUACGAAAAGAGCAAAUAUCCUGCGAUAUUCCAUUGACGGUGACCGAGGAGCAAAUCGAGCAGUCGAAGAAAGAGUUGACCCUGUUGAUAGAGCAGCGCGAUGCGGCAGCCGCUGUUACCAGCCAAAAACAAGACGAGGAUAGCUUCAAUUAGGACCAAUUCUUUUAUAUUAUUGUGUCUUACAAUAAAUGUGAAUGCUGAUGUUCUUAAA